AUGUUGAGACUAGCCACUUUUAAUAAACCCUCGGUUUCAAAGCCGAUAGCGAGAUCACUCACGAAAGCAUCCAUUGCAUUCACCAACAACAAUAACAACAGGAACACUUAUAGUUCAUUAAAAGCCAGUUACUUCAUUGCAAAACCUAGUACAUGUCGCUGCUACUCUACCAAAUCAACAGUGAUCCAGUUGUUAAACAACAUUGGCUCCAAGAGAGAAGUUGAACAAUACUUGAAGUACUUUACUUCUGUCAGUUCACAACAAUUUGCAGUGAUCAAAGUCGGGGGCGCGAUCAUCACUCAACAAUUAGACGAGCUAGCUUCCUGUCUUGCAUUCUUAUAUCAUGUUGGAUUGUAUCCAAUUGUCUUGCAUGGUACAGGACCACAGAUUAAUGAAUUGUUGGAAAACGAAGGUGUUGAGCCUGAGUAUAUUGACGGGAUCAGAAUCACAAACCCAAAGACUAUGGAAGUUGUGCGCAAAUGUUUUCUCGAGCAAAAUUUGCGUUUGGUAACUGCAUUGGAAAGAAUUGGUGUGCAUGCUCGUCCAAUUACUGCUGGUGUUUUCCAAGCUGAAUAUUUAAAUAAAGAGAAAUACGAUUUAGUAGGUAAGAUCACUGGUGUUAACAAGGCUCCAGUUGAAGCUUCAAUCAGUGCUGGGUACUUGCCAAUAUUGACCAGUUUAGCUGAGACGCCAAGCGGUCAAUUGUUGAAUGUCAAUGCUGACGUCGCUGCCGGUGAGUUGGCUAGAGAGUUUGAACCCUUGAAGAUUGUCUACUUGAACGAAAAGGGCGGUAUCAUUAAUGGAAACACUGGUGAAAAAAUCUCAAUCAUCAACUUGGAUGAAGAAUAUGACGAUUUGAUGAAGGAAAGCUGGGUUAAAUAUGGGACCAAGUUGAAGAUUAAAGAGAUUCACGAUUUGUUGCAACACUUGCCCAGAUCCUCGUCAGUUGCUAUUAUUGAUGUUGAUGACUUGCAAAAGGAGUUGUUCACCGACUCUGGGGCUGGUACCUUGAUUAGAAGAGGCUACAAAUUAAUCAACAGAAAUUCUUUGAAAGAGUUUGGUAAUCCCGAUUUGUUGAGAACUGCUUUAUUGAGAGACCCUGAAAUCAAGGCUGGUAAAUUGUCGGUUGCUUCGUAUUUGAAGCAUUUGGAAUCCGUCCAGUUUAAGAGCUAUGGGGAUGAACCACUAGAAGUGUUGGCAAUUGUUGUCAACAAGGACGGCAGUGUUCCCAAAUUGGACAAGUUUUUGUCAUCAAAAACCGGUUGGUUGAACAAUGUCACUGAUAACAUUUUCAACUCUAUCAAGAAGGAUUUCAAGUCUUUGUGUUGGAUCGUUGACGAGAAUGACGCUAAUUUGUCAUGGUAUUUUUCCAAAUCAGACGGCUCAUUUGCCAAAAAUGGUCAAAUAUUGUUCUGGUAUGGGUUAAACACCGAACAAGCCAGCGAGUUGAUCAAGGACUUUGACAAUUCAGCCAUUGGUUCAUCGUUAUCGUCCAGUAAAGAGUCAGGCGUCUUCUCGACAAACCAGCAAAAGAGAGCCCUUCACACUAGAAGAUUUGCUACAGCAUCGUCCAACCCUAACCCACCUUUAAGAGAAGGUAAGAAUCAAGAAAAGAAGAAAGUUGCAUUAAUUGGCGCAAGAGGUUACACUGGACAAAACUUGAUCAAACUCAUUGACAAUCACCCAUACCUUGAGAUCUCGCAUGUUUCUUCUCGUGAAUUAGAAGGUCAGCAAUUGAAAGGUUACAACAAGGACACUAUUAUCUACUCCAACUUGCAGCCAGAAGAUAUCAAGGAAUUGGAAGAAAAGGGAGAAGUUGAUAUAUGGAUCAUGGCUUUGCCAAAUGGUGUUUGCAAACCAUUUGUUGAUGUUAUUGACUCUAUUGGGAACCCAAACUCAAGAAUUGUUGAUUUGUCUGCUGAUUACAGAUUUGAUACCUCGGGAGAUUGGGUUUAUGGUUUGCCGGAAUUGAAUGAUCGUCAUACUAUUGCAAGUGCAAAAAGAAUUUCUAACCCUGGAUGUUAUGCAACUGCAGCUCAAGUUGCCAUUGCUCCAAUGAAAGAGUACAUCAGUGGAACCCCAACCAUAUUUGGUGUAUCUGGAUACUCGGGCGCCGGAACCAAACCAUCACCUAAAAAUGACGUUGAAAACUUGACAAACAAUCUCAUCCCUUACUCAUUGACUGAUCACGUACACGAAAGAGAAAUCUCCAGCCAAUUGGGAUUGACCGUGCACUUUACGCCACACGUUGCACAAUGGUUUCAAGGAAUAUCACACACCAUCAAUAUUCCCAUAAAGAAAGGAUCCUUAACUUCCAGAGAAGUGAGAAAUAUUUUUCAGGACAGAUACAAAGGUGAGGAUUUGAUCACCAUCACCGGUGAAGCACCUUUGGUCAAGGAAAUCAGUGGGAAACACGGGGUUGUAGUUGGCGGAUUUGCCGUCAAUUCAAACGAAGAUAGGGUGGUUGUUGUGGCUACCAUUGAUAAUUUAUUGAAAGGAGCUGCUACGCAAUGUUUGCAAAAUGUUAAUUUGGUGCUGGGAUAUGGUGAACUCUUGACUCCUCCUCUGACUCUCAAGCUUGAAGUACAGCGAACCCACAAUUUGAUCACAUCCGACACCAUGUUGGUAUCGCCAGAGAACUUUGGGACUGUCGAGCCGAAUGUAUUCCGGUGCUCUAAACUAGAAGUUGAAAACUUUCAAUUCUUAGAGACACUAAAUCUUAAGUCUAUUAUUCUUUUGGAUGCAGAGAAUCCGCCUCGUUCGUUGUCCAAAUUCCUUGAGGAGAAUAGGAUCGAUCUUUACAGUUUGGGUGAUUUGAAGAUCUCCAACCACCAGCAUACGGGUAUGUCUUCAAAGACUGAUCUUGAAGAUUUCAAUUUGGAGAAUAAUGAUUUGACCUCGAACACGUCAACUGGAUCAACUACAUCUACUUUGACUCAACGACAACAGCAGCAACAACAACAGCAGCAUCAACAGCAGCAUCAACAGCAACAAUCACGGCAGCAGAAGCCACUGUCUCGUCUACAACAGCCCUUUGUUGAUCCACUUGCUCCAAUGCCUAUACUAUCCCGAAACAGUAGAGAUCAAUGGAUGUUGAUCGAGAAAAAUAUCAUCAUCAAGUCGUUUGAAAUUAUCUUGAAUAAUAAACGGCAUCCAAUUCUUAUUGUUGACUCCACAUCCACGCUCGUAGGUAUACUAAGAAAAGUCCAGAAAUGGAACUUUAAUUCGAUCUUGAACGAGUACCGUAUCUUCAAUGGCACAAGUACCAAGAACAACUAUUUUGCAGAAACAUUUUUGGAGUUGAUUGGUAUUGAGUUGAUACCUUAUGAAAAUCGAAAGAAAAGUCCCUUUGGAAGUAGACGUAAUUCCAUGAGGCGAAAGUCGCUGAGUCAAGGUCAAGCGCAACAAUUUUUGAGGUCUCAAGGUGCUGAGGAGGCUACUACUGCUUUACACGAGCAAAACAGCGUGCCUCCUGCUGAACAGAGUGGUGACGAUGACUCCGGUGUAUUUGAAAACGACGACAAUGACUAUAAUCAAGGUGAUGGCAACGAUGAAGAUCGUGACUACGACGAGGGGUAUAGUACAGAUGAUAUGGAUGACAUGGAUGACGAUCUCCUAUCUGCGUCGCCGCAAAUCCCGGAAAACUUGUUGAAGUUUGUUGAGCAAAGAAAGCACGAUAAGCAUCAAUAUCCAACCAGUGGUCGGAACUCCAUCGAUAACCGAUCCGAUACUGAGUCCGUCUCCAAUUCCCCAAAAUUAAUGCGAAUACCCGUUCAGCAUACCAGAAGCAAUAGUGGCUCUAAUAGUCGAAGUAACAGUUUCACUAAUGCGGAUUCCUAUUUGAGUUCGGUGAGAGGCAUGGAUCGUCGCAAGUCAUCCGGAGAUAUCAUCAAAAAUAUAAAGUUUCGCAAUCCGCAACAACAGUUUUCCCACAGAGCGUCUUUGGAGAGUACAUCUCCAGGAAUGAAGCGACGUGAGUAUAGGGCAACGUCGGGUUCGUAUUACAUGAACGAGGAAAACAAUACCAAGCCGGUUGAAUUCAUGUAUUACAAGAAUUUGAACAAACAUGAUGUUAAAUUUGAGAAUGUGAGAACAAUCAAGUUCAAAUUACCAGCAGAACAUAGACUUCCUGAGUGGUUUAUUAAACAACGUGAUAUGUGGGAAAGAAACUUCAAAUUACUAAAUAGUGAACCUGUAUAG